GUGUGACCCGAUCCGCGUCCAUUUUGUUCCUCAGUUCAGUUCUACAGCCUGGGUAGCCGCAGAUCCGGUACCACUCCCAUACCAGGAACACAUGCCAUUUGUACACGCGCUAGUGACGUACACACCACGCCCACUUCCACUUUGCACUUUCCCGCGAACUGCCCUGUGCAGCGGGCCGCGUGGAGGAGAAGCAGCACCGAACCUCAGCCCAGACACAGCGAACCUCCGGUGGAGACACACCGAACCUCAGCCCAGACACAGCGAACUUCCGGCGCAGACACACCGAACCUCCGGCGCAGACACACCGACCCUCCGGCCCAGACACACCGAACCUCCGGCCCAGACACACCGAACCUCCGGCCCAGACACACCGAACCUCCGGCACACCAGCUCGGACAGUGAACAGUCAUGGCGAAGCAGAGCUCCAUUUUUAAUUUCUUUACAAAGUCUCCUCCAGCCGUCGCGAAAACAAAAUGGAAUCCGAAUGAAGCAGAAGCUUCUUCAGCCCCCAGAUCCAGCAGUUUCCCCGGGGAGGAAACCAAGAGCAAGACGGCCGCGGAGAAAACCUGCAAGACCCCGAAAAGAGUCUCUCAUGGGAAACUAUUUGGACAAAUAAAUUCCGAUACAAACCGAAGCUCUUCGUUCUCCUUUCAUGCGGGUGAUCUGGUGUGGGCGAGACUAGAAGGGCACCCCUGGUGGCCGUGCAUGGUGGUGCCCCAGCCGCUGAGUGGGCAGCAGAUGAGAGGCAGGGGCCAAGAUCAGAGAGUCCAUGUCCAUUUUUUUGAUGAGCCAGCAACAAGGGGCUGGGUCCGAAAGCAGUACAUUCGUGAAUAUAAAGGUUCAGACAGUGCUGAGGCCAAAAGUGGUGGUUUAUUCUUCAGUGGAAAGCCUGUGAUUCGCAGAGCAAUGGAGUUGGCAGACAGUCUGCUGCAGGACGGCCCUGAGCAGAGACUAAAAAUACCCGUCUGUAUGGAUGCAUCUGAUGAGGAAUCGGAGGAUGGAGAAAUAAUGGAGGUUGAAAAAUCGACGGCAUCAGAUGAAGAAAUGUCAGAAGAAGAGGUUCAGAAGGUGAAGCCUAGCAGGCGUUCAUCACGUGCUCCAGCAGAACACGGCCAGAAACCCAAACGUCGGCGUAUUGUAGUGGCCUCUGACAGCGAGGGCUCUGGUGAGGAGUUCAAGCCAGAUCAUGCCGAAAGCAGCAGUGAAGAUGAGGAUGAAGAUGUGAUCGUCAGUGAUGUGGAGGCGAGCGGACCGGAGUCUGAACCAGACAGUCCUGUGAAACCUGUAAAACGGAAACGUGCAUCAGAGAAAACUGCUAAAACAAAGACUACAACUGGACCUUCAGAGAUCUUCAAGAGCAAUCCCGUAACUGUUGCAGCCGACACAAAGUCACGUCUUUCUGCUUUUUCAGCUCCGGACAGCUUUGAGAGUCAAGGCAGUGCUUCAGGAAACCUGGAUGGGACUGGGGUAUGGGACCAUGAAAAACUGGAUUGGUUGCAGGAUGGGAGAAGAAAAGAUGCUCGGAGGAGGCGUCAGUCAGAAGAGGAAUACGACCCGACCAGUCUGUAUGUGCCUGAAGACUUCCUGAACAGGGUUACUCCUGGGAUGCGUCGAUGGUGGCAGCUUAAAUCAGAGAUGUUUGAUACUGUUCUUUUCUAUAAAGUGGGCAAGUUUUACGAGCUCUACCACAUGGAUGCUGUGGUUGGUGUUAACGAGUUGGGGCUGACUUUUAUGAAAGGCACCUGGGCACAUUCUGGUUUCCCUGAGAUCGGUUUUGGACGUUUCUCUGAUGUGCUCGUACAGAAAGGUUACAAGGUGGCACGUGUAGAACAGACGGAGACCCCUGAAAUGAUGGAAGCACGAUGCAAGGCUAUGGCACGUCCCACUAAAUUUGAUCGUGUAGUUCGGCGAGAAGUCUGCAGAAUUAUCACGCGUGGCACCCAGACGUAUAGCGUACUCGACGGAGCGCCAUCUGAGGCCGAAAGCAAGUAUCUCCUGAGUGUGAAAGAAAAGAAUCAGGUGGAAAGCACAGGUCAAAGCCACAUAUAUGGGGUCUGCUUCAUCGAUAGCUCAGUGGGUCGCUUUUAUGUAGGUCAGUUCCAAGAUGACCGCCACUGUUCGCGCCUGCGCACCCUAGUGGCACAUUAUGUACCAGCUCAGGUGCUUUUUGAAAAGGGUAACUUGUCAUCUGAGACACGGAAGGUCUUCAAGGCUGCUCUGUCCUCAGCAAUGCAUGAGGGUCUCAAUGCUGGCUCACAGUUCUGGGAUGCUCAGAAAACCCUGAAAACCUUGGCAGAUGAAGACUACUUUAACAAAAGUGAAGAAGAGAAUGGUAGUUCUUCUGGAUCAAUUCUCCCCAAUGCUCUAAAAUCUAUGACUUCUGAAAGUGACUCGCUAGGACUUACUCCUAAAGAAGGUUAUGAACUUGCUCUUUCUGCACUUGGAGGCUGCAUAUUCUAUCUUAAAAAAUGUCUGGUUGAUCACGAGCUUCUUUCCAUGGCUAACUUUCAGGAAUAUGUUCCAGUGGAUGUGGAGAUCCAGCAGUCGGAGAAUGCAGAGAAUUUCUUUGCUCAAACUUGCCAACGCAUGGUGCUGGAUGGAGUAACAUUGGCCAACCUUGAGAUUCUCCAGAAUGGUUCUACUGGAGGCACAGAAGGUACUCUGCUUGAACAGUUAGACACUUGCUGCACUCCUUUUGGAAAGAGGCUGCUGAAACAGUGGCUCUGUGGUCCCCUGUGUAACCCAGCUUCCAUUAAUGAUCGGUUAGCUGCUCUUGAAGACCUGAUGGGUGCUCCAGCACAAGCUACUGAGGUUACUGAGCUCCUGAAGAAACUUCCAGACCUUGAAAGGUUACUCAGCAAAAUCCACAGUAUGGGCACUCCUAUGAAGGGCCAGGACCACCCAGACAGCAGAGCAAUUCUUUACGAGGAGAUCGUUUAUAGCAAACGCAAGAUUGCCGACUUCCUUUCGUCACUGGAAGGGUUCAAAACCAUGCAGGAAAUCGUGACGAUCAUGGAGUCCGUCUCUGAAGGGUUCCAGUCUAAAUUGCUUCGGCAAAUAGUGAUUUUAAAAACAAGAAGUGACGAGGGGCUGUUUCCUGAUCUCGAACCUGAGCUUAAACGUUGGGACACGGCUUUCGACCAUCAAAAAGCACGCACAACUGGUGUGAUCACACCCAAAGCUGGCUUUGACCCGGAGUAUGACCAGGCUCUGACUGCGAUCAAGGAAUGCGAGGGAAAUCUUCAAGACUACUUGGCUCGACAGAAGAAACGACUUGGCUGCAAGAAUCUCUCUUACUGGGGCACAGGACGGAACCGCUAUCAAAUGGAGGUUCCAGACAGUGUUUCUGAGAGGAACAUACCAGAAGAAUUCGAGGUGAGGUCUACAAAGAAGGGCUGGAAGAGAUACGCAACAAAGGAGAUCGAGCGCAUGUUCUCCGAGAUGCAGAGCUGGGAGGACAAAAGAGACGCUGCACUUAAAGAUUGCAUGAGGAGACUGUUUUACAACUUUGAUAAAAAUUACAGAAACUGGCAGACUGCUGUGGAGUGCGUGUCGGUUCUCGAUGUGCUGUUGAGUUUGACCCGAUACAGUCAGAGUGGGAACGGAAUAAUGGUGAAACCAGAGAUUGUUCUGCCAGGCAACGGGCCCCAUUUUUCCCCCUUCCUGGACCUCCGAGGAUCUCGGCACCCCUGUGUAACCAAAACCUAUUUUGGCGAUGACUUCAUCCCCAAUGAUAUCUUUAUCGGUUGUUCUGGCAAUGAUGAUGAUGAGGAGAACAUGGACAAGAAGGCGGCACUGGCCCCAUGUGUACUUGUCACAGGGCCAAACAUGGGAGGCAAAUCGACUCUGAUGAGACAGUGUGGCCUGGUUGUGAUCUUGGCCCAGUUGGGCUGCUACGUACCUGCUGAAAGCCUGCGUCUAACUCCUGUGGACCGAGUGUUUACUCGCCUUGGUGCCUCAGAUCGCAUCAUGUCUGGAGAGAGUACUUUCUUUGUGGAGCUCAGUGAAACAGCCAGUAUCCUUUUGCAUGGGACCCUUCAUUCACUUGUUCUUCUGGAUGAACUGGGCAGGGGUACGGCCACCUACGACGGCACAGCCAUUGCGAGUGCUGUGGUGAAGGAGCUUUCUGAGAGGAUCUGCUGCAGAACUCUGUUCUCCACCCACUACCACUCACUGGUAGAAGACUACACUCAGGACCGGGCUGUUAAACUUGGUCAUAUGGCCUGCAUGGUGGAGAAUGAGUGUGAUGAGGAUCCUAGUCAGGAGACCAUCACUUUCCUGUACAAGUUCAUCAGCGGUGCUUGUCCCAAAAGCUACGGCUUCAACGCGGCACGCCUUGCUGAUAUCCCUGAAGAGGUGAUUCAGUCAGGGCACCGUAAAGCUCGUGAGUUUGAGAAGAGCACCAUCGCUCUGAGGAUCUUCAAGAAAGUGUGUUCGUUUGCUGAAGAUCCCACGUCUGACCGUGAACAGUUUGCCAGACUGGUUCAGAUGAUUGAUCUUUGUUAAAGAAAGCACUUGCGCUCUGUAUGAGAUGGUUAUUGUUCCUUUCGAAAGUAUUUUCAGUGCUACUGACAUGAUCUAAUAAAGUUUAUUCUUCAAAAUGCA